AUGGACAACCAACCUGCGAAACUCGUUCACAAGCCUGCUAUGAGCGCCGUUCGAAGAGAUCCUCUGCGAACUGUCGAACUUAACCAGUUGCGCAGACGAUGCGCGGCUGCGUUUCAACGUUUGAACCCGAACAUGUUGACUUCCCGCAUGGCAGAAACUAUGGAUUUUUUGGCCGAUGACAUGGUCGGGUAUGCGGUGUAUUUGCGAAUGCUCUGUAUCAUUGCAGGCAAGGUGUCAGUUGGUUCUCACGCACAUAUUGCGACGCACCUUGCCACACUAGGCUUUCAUUUCGGAACUGCACAUCUCAUGCGGUUUAUUAACGAGCGAGCAGAUUUACCGCACUCUUGCGUGUAUCGGGUUCGAAUUGUCAGCCACAACCGCGAUUAUUCGAUCGGUACUAUUCUGUGUACCAAGUUGUUUUUGCCGCGGUAUGACACUGUCAUUCAAGAAUGUGAAUCGAGCAGCUCCCGCAACCGACGCAAAGUUUGCGGACAACACAUCACUGCUUCUGUGCCUUUCCUUGAUGCGUAUGGUGAUGUAUUGGAACCUGUUGUGUCGCGCAUGCACAACAUCAUAGCAGUCGAAUUGUCGACAGUGCUCUUCCGCGAAUUUAUUACGAUUUUAACCGCAUUUCAGGAUUUUCCCCCUGAUCUUCCUUUGUUUCCUGAGCAGGCACGUAUUAUGCUCCGUUGGGGCGCUUCCAGUCCGGAUCUACGUGUCUCAGUCGGCGCGCCAAUCUCCGUGCAUUUCCACAUCUCACGUAUUGGCGACAACCACUUGGCAGUUCGCAUUGGCGCCCUACUGCAACACUUCGUGCUCCAACAUCUCGUCUUAGGCUCAUGGCUCACUGACAAAGUCAUCCCCAGCGAUGCUGUCGAGCGCAUUAUUCUCACCAGCCAUAAUGCGCACUAUACGACCGGAGUGAUCUUCUGUACGGCGGAAUUUCGACCCUACUACACCAAAGUAUGUGGCCUCUGUCUCGCUCGUGACCGUCCGACAACUUCAAUGGUGGACGGCCAUCACGUUACUACCAACCUCUCUUCAUUCAUUGCCAAUGAACCCUAUGAGGCUCAGCUUCGUGAAAUGUUAGAAGCAGCUUGCCAGCUUGACGUUAAAAACUCGGGCGUUGUUCAAAGUUUCAUUAUCCAGUUCAUGGUUCCAGCGUGGCUUACCUCAAUGGACUUUUCUGGAUUCAACGGUGACAUGUCACCCUUCAGUCGUAGACGUGCAGACGAUCGUCCUCUUGACUUAGUAUUUGCGCUCCGCGCAGCAACUUCAAUUGACUACGUCAUUAACGGGUCGGCCGAAUGGCCUGUGUUUGCUCGACUGGUGACAUCUUUUGGACCUUCGUUCUCGUCUAUCAUGCACGGAUUACCAUCCUUUGAAGACUUUCCUAUGGUAUUUUCUUGGGAUUAUUCCUCAGACUUCUCGCGAUUUCGCUGCCGAGGACCCACUGUUAUUCACUUUCACGUGUGUGGCGGGACCGGCCAACAUCGAGCGUUAAGGUCCGCAGCCGUUGCAUAUUACUUCGCAUCAAAAUACCUUCGACCUGCUUUCUCCGCGGAUUCCUUGGCGUCUUCGAACGUGUAUGGUGUUUUCAUCACACGCCGCUGCGCCGAAUACACUACUGGCUCCAUCGUCUGUACGGACGAAUUUGACGAUCGUUUUGACUUCAUCUCGGCUUUAUGUGCUUCUAAUUCCACUUUGGCCACUCGCACAUUAGGCGGAAGGCAUGUCACCGUCAACAACGCGACUAUAAACUUGCAUCCUGUUAGUCUUGAUGUUGCGGUCCAUCGCACGCUUUGUGCUGCAAGAUUUGUUGCCUCCUGUGUGUACCUGAAACGAAUAGUAUGUGUGUGA